UUAAGUCGCGCGUGCGCACCCGGUCGAAUACAUCUAAGAGCACUGACUCGGGCCGUCACUCCUGUCAAUCUUUAAAGCACAAAAAUGAAUGAAUACUUGUUCAGACGAAUAAAAAGACAAUUAAAUGCAAAAUUUUAUAUAAUGAACGAUACAUGGUUGAGAGACUGCAUUGAAUUCUUUGUCGGAGAUAAGGCUUCUCAUGAAAUAACAGAUAGGCAUAUUUUUGAAUUUGUGGAGGGCCAGUGGCAGCUGAGUGAUUUAAGAGAGAUCAACAAUGAGAAUGGAUGUCUACCAAGAAAUCUGGCACAACAGGUGCGCACUGUACUGACUGGCACCUACAUUCUUCAAGUGGACAAGAUGUAUGAUAUAGCGAGUUCUAAGUACAAGCAGCUAUGUGAGAUUCGUAAAAUUAAUACCAAAAAUAUUGAAGCAAUAGAAAAGGAGAACUCGACAGAGUGGGAGCCCAAGGGUAGAAGAAUGAUGCAACUGUGUCUUACUGAUGGGGUGCAGGAUCUCAUUGCGAUAGAAUAUACUUCACUCAAGCAACUGACUAGUACGUUGCUACCUGGUUACAAGGUGAUGAUAAUUGGUCCGGUCGACUGUAGACGUGGUGUUAUCCUGCUGCAGGAUGGCAAGUACAAGGAAAUUGGAGGAGAGAUAGAAUCUUUGUUGAAACCCAAUGCACUGGAGAAUGUCUUGGCUAGAGCUUUGGACGAACCUGAAAAUCCUGAUCCAUACAAUGAUAACGGGCCACCUAGAAUCCCGAAUCGGAAUGUUCAGAGUGCGCCGUCCAAUCCUAGCAACGACAGUUUCUUUGACGAUGACUUUGAAGAAAAUAUCGACUUUGUAGCAGUAACAGAAAUUGAACGACGGAGUCAGGAAAGUGAAGCUGUUCAGGACCGCGUUAAAAGUACAAGCGAUCAAAAAGAAACUGAGAUGGCAACGGAGGAAGCUAUGGAAACGUUUUUGGAAGAUAUAGAUUUUGAACCUUUCGAGAAUUGGCCCAGCGAUUCUCCGAGGCCUUUACGAGUGUUGCCUGCGUCACCAGAAUCUGAAAGGAUUGAGCAGAAAGAUGACAUAAUGAUAGUCGAAGAAGAGUCGGCCCCUGCACGCGAUUCUCACAACGCGUGUCCUGCGAGUUCGUUUAAGGACAGCAUUUCAGAAUUUCCUGACGAUGAUUUCGAUUUCAAUGACAUCAUAAUCAAAACAGAAAAAUCUCAGCAAGAUCGUUUAAAGACUGAAAUCAAAACGUGUUUUACGCCACCGAAUCCUAAAUCGAAAUUGCCGAACCUUGAUGUUCCGAUAAAAAUUGAGAAAUAUAUUGUUAAGAAAGAAAACAAAGAAUCUAUGAUGGACACCAAAAGUACAAUCCGACAAACGCCGAAAGCUGAGAUGAUUGUAAACUCCUCUGUGCUACCAUCGAAAAGCUGCGACGUCCUAAGCGAUGUUUUACGCGAGCCUAUCAUUGGAAGGAUGUACAGGACGGUGCGAGGUCAAGUGAAAAACCACUCGGCGCUAUCGAAACAAGGAAGAUGCUGGGCGGUCACGGCAGUGAUCGCCGAUCACACCUCUAGCGUGGAAGUCUGCUUCGAUUCUGAGAUCCUGGAGAGAUUUCUCGGAUUCACUGUGCAGGAAUUUUCGCAAAAGAAGAAGCUCGCAAAGUCGGAUCCUCGAAUGAAUAAUGAACUGCGACUUAGCUUACGCAAGGCGCAACAUCAAAUACAAAAUUUGGAUGCGUUGUUAAAGCUGGAGUUGAUUCGGGGCGAAAUGCCUAAAGUCGUCGAUAUCACGCAGUUGACUCAACAACAAAAGAACGAUCUAAUGAAGAAAUCUACAUAAAAUUGGGUGAAAUCGUAGAAUCGCCUUACGAAAGAUUCGAUUUUUGUAUAAAUAUAGUUCAACAAAGUUAAAUGUAAUAAUCGAAAGCAAAUGUAAUUUAAAAUUGUUGUAAGAAAAAUAUUAUACAUAUCAAGAAUUGUUAUGCAAUAUUUUUGUACAUUUUUAAUAAACGUGCCAUUCUUAACAAACAACUUAGCAAUUCAACAAUCGACACCAAGUAGAUUUACAGCAUUAAUCUCCGAUUUGAAUUCCUUUCUCGAAAUUUUGUU